AUGACUAAGACGUUCUUCCUUUUCGAAACCGCCGCGGGCUACGCCCUCUACCAGAUCGAGCAAUGGGACCAGAUCGGCCAUGUGGAGGCCAUGGAGGAGGUGUGCUCCUCCGAGGAGCGGUUCAAGGAGACUGUGAAGUUCAAGGCGUUCCAGCCCUUCACCACGGCGUCGGACGCGCUGGAGAACAUCCGCGCGGUCGUUGAAGGCGAGGUGACGGCGAUGCUGAGCUCCUUCCUCUCGCUCAACCUGCCCAAGAAGGGCACCCAGCUGGCGGUCGUCGACCCCGGGCUCGGCAAGACGCUCAGCGCCAAGGGAUUCAACGUGGUGUACGACCCCAACGUGGUGGAGCUGCUGCGCGGCUGCCGGCAGCACGAGAUGAAGAAUAUCGCCAGGCUCGCUUCGGGCGCCAGCGCCUUCGACAUGGACAAGUUCCACGUCGGUCUGAGCCACAACUACAGCCGCAGCAAGCUGCAAAUCGACCCCAGGCGCAUGGACAAGCCGGUCAUCAAUUGCGUCGCCCUGCUGGAUUCGCUGACGAAGAACCUCAACUCCUUCGCCAUGCGCGUCAGGGAGUGGUACGGCUGGCACUUCCCCGAGCUGAUCAAGAUCGUCCCCGACAACAAGAUAUACUGCCAGGUGGUGCAGAUAAUCUGCAGGAAGGACAAGUUCGACUGGGAAGCCGGGGCGGCGGAACUGCUCAAGGUGCUGGGCGACGAGGACAUCGUCGCCAACGUCAAGAAGGCGGCUGGGCAGUCGAUCGGCCACGAGCUUUCUGAGCCCUGCAUGGAGAACAUCCUGAACUUCGCCAAGCAGGUGGUCAAACUCGAGGAGAUGCGCGAGCACCUCAACACUCACCUCGCCAACAAGCUCGCCGUCACAGCCCCCAACCUCAGCGAGGUGGCUGGCAACAUUCUGACCGGCAGGCUCAUCAGCCACGCGGGCUCCCUUGUCAACCUCGCCAAGAUGUCCGCAAGCUCCAUCCAGAUUCUGGGUGCCGAGAAGGCGCUCUUCCGUGCGCUGAAGACGAGAUCCAACACCCCCAAGUACGGCCUCAUUUUCCAGGCCAACUUCAUUGGUCGCGCAAGCCUCAAGCACAAGGGGCGCGCCGCCAGGUACCUCGCCAACAAAUGUGCGUUGGCGGCUCGUCUCGACUGCUUCUGCGAUGUCAACACCAACGUCUACGGCAAGCGCAUGGUCGAGUUGCUGGGCAAGCGGAUGGAGUACCUCGCGGGCGGCCCCCAGCAUGAGACCAGCAUCGAGGUCAUGCAGGCUGCCGCCAAGGAGUACCAGGCAAUUAAGGCGCAGAAGGCCUCGGAAAAGAGGACCCGGGACGCAUUGGAAAAUGCUCCGCAGCACGAGUCGGCGCACGACGUGUCCAUGGUGUCGGGGUCGGCGGAUGCGGAGCCCGCUGACGAUGCCUCAUCUGGCACCGUAACCGAGAAGCCCGCAAAGAAAUCCAAGAAGGCUAAGAAGGACAAGUCUAAAAAGUCCGAUAUCGCCGAAGAAGCAGCAACUGAGGACACUGCUGAUGUCGCCGUUGCCAGUGUGGCCCCGCAGAAGGAGCCGAAAAAGAAGUCGAAGAAAUCCAAGGCUGAAGGAGGCGCUUCUGGUAAAGACUCUUCGUCAUCCGCCACCGAUGCAUCAUCAACUUCCGUGACGGCAACUACCGCAGUUGCCGCUUCCAAGGUGGAGGAGGCCAAUGUCGCGGCGGCCGUAACCUCGGCUGAGGAGGGGCCGAAGAAACGCAAGAAAUCCAAGCAGGAUAAGUCUGCGGAUGUCGCCGAGGCGGCUGAGGUCGGAAAGCCAGCCAAGAAAGCUAAGAAGAACAAGAAGAAGGCAGCAUCGGAGUAG